AGUUUAUUAUUUAUAUAAUUAUAACGUUUUUAAAUUAUUGCUUUCUCCAUUUUGUUUACAAAUACUUUAAAAAUUAUAAUUAUUCUAAUUGCUUCCCCCUGUAUAUCAAUAAAUGCUAUCUUGUAUUGUGCUAUAUCAUUUAAAUAUACCUGUAUACAUCACAUUCCACCCUUAAUAUAUGUUUCUCUGACAUUCAAAAUGCAUGAUGAAGUCAUUAUUUUGACUGAACUUCAUUGAAAAGAGUCAGUCCAGAGUUGAAAAAACUGAUGCCAGUGCAGCACGUGCUAGUUUAACUGUGCACACCUGCGUUUAAUGACACACACACACACCUGUGUCCAUGAGAACGUCAGAGAGGAGAUGUUAAAAGAGCUCCACAGUGACCUCAUUCACUCACUAACUCCAGUCAGGUUCAGCUGUGUGGUUUGACUGGAGCUGACAGAAGUGAUUUUUUUUUUUUGCUGCUUCACUGACCUGCAACUGUGGCUCAAGCCAUGGGUUUUCUCUUAAGAUGGGUGCUGUUGUCCUUGCUUGCUGUAGGCCAACAUCUAUCAGAUGCUUACAGUGUUCGAACUAUGCAGAAGGAUGGGAGCAGUGAUGUGUCAGUACCAGGUUAUUGGACACAUUCAGUUAUUGGCAGCUUUAUCACUGAAGAUGGAUCUUCACUGACUGCUGAGCCACUUGGUGACAACUUGGGUUCAAAUCCAAAUGAGGUACCCAACAACCCACCAAACCGGGUGCCACGGCCACAGCCUCAGGUGCCUCAGGUGCCAAUGCCUCAGGUGCCACUGCCUCAGGUGCCACAGCCUCAGGUGCCACAGCCUCAGGUGCCACAGCCUCGGGUGCCACAGCCUCGGGUGCCACAGCCACCCAACAAUCUACCCAAGUGGUUGGCCCAACAGCCACAGGUUCCGCAAUCGCUUGCCUCCUCACCCAAGCCAGUGCCCCAACAGCCUCACUUACCUCAGCAGGUGCCUCCGGUUCCUCAACGGCCCAAUGACCCACCCAAGCUG